AUGUCAGUUGAAACCGUACCACGUGAUUUGCGUAACUUACGUGCGUGUCUACUUUGUUCGUUAGUGAAGUCGUUGGAACAGUUCGAAAUGGACGGUUGCGAGAACUGCGAUCGUGUUCUGCAUAUGAAGGGUGAUACAGACAAAGUCUAUGAAUGCACGAGCACAAAUUUCGAUGGAAUGAUUGCUUCUAUGAUGCCCGAGGAGUCAUGGGUUUGCAAGUGGCAGAAAAUCAAUAGGAAAUGCAAGGGUGUUUAUGCGAUAUCUGUAUCUGGAUCUCUACCCCCUUCUGUUGUAUCCGAAUUGAAGACGGUUGGAAUACGAUAUAAACCUGGAAUGCGAGAUACUGCUUCUAAAUAA